CUCAUCUUCAACUUCGACAAGUGCUCUGCUAAUCGCUUGACCUCUUACUUAUGUCCAGACAUUCGAAAUGUGGCCGGAGACGCUGAAAAGCCUGCUUCUAUCUCUGCUGCACUUUUAUCCCGAAUCCCCCAUACCUUCAGUGCAGACGAGCUCGCAUUCUCCUGCUCUCAAGUUUGAAUUGCGUCAUCUACAUGCUGUCUCGCCUUCCGCUCAUGUCGUAUUCGCCGACGUGCCUCAGCGAGUUGGACUCCUGCACGAAAACUCCCACUCCGUUUCCAGAACACGAACUAUCAAAACCCACCGACCCCCGUCCUAUGAACUGUAUGAUCAAGCUCGGCAACAGUCGAUGCGAUUUGGUCAGUCUCUACUCCAGGAAUUCCCGUGGGAGGAGGAAGAGAUCGUCGCUCCGGACGUCGAACACCGGCUCACAUUGCUUGAACUCGCGAAGAUGUCGAACAACGCGUAUGUGAAUCCCGACGAGGGUGGUUGGUAUGAACUGGCUGCUAAUUGGUCUGUGUCUUAUCCGUUCGGAUGGGAGCCCGAUGCAGACGGCUUCCGAGGUCAUGUUUUCGCGACCCCCGACAACUCGACGAUCGUUCUUGCGCUCAAGGGCACGUCAUCCGGUUUUCUCGGUGGUGGGGGGCCGACUGCAAAGAAAGACAAACUUAACGACAACCUCUUGUUCAGUUGCUGUUGCGCGCGCGUUGACUGGACGUGGACCACAGUAUGCGGAUGCCAUCGCGGCGGCUGGAAGUGUGAUAGCAAUUGCGUGGAAGAAGCGCUCAUAGAAGACAGUCUCUUUUACCCUGUGGGGACAAACCUAUACAACAACAUAACGUAUAUGUAUCCGGACUCCGACAUCUGGAUACUCGGACACAGUUUGGGCGGAGCUCUCGCUUCUCUGCUUGGUGCGACAUUCGGAGUUCCUGUCGUCACAUUUGAGGCCCCGGGCGAGAAGAUGGCGGCGGAGCGGCUUCAUUUGCCCUCUCCUCCGUCCACACUACACAUCACCCAUGUCUAUCACACUGCCGACCCUAUCGCCAUGGGAACUUGCAACGGAGUCUUGUCCUCGUGUGCUCUGGCCGGCUACGCUAUGGAGUCGAGAUGUCAUCUUGGGAAAAGCAUAGUCUAUGACACCGUUUCCAAUCUCUCAUGGGCGGUCGACAUUAGAACUCAUGGGAUUGUCAAUGUCAUCGAGAAAGUCCUCAAUGUCUCUUGGCUUCCGUCGCAAGAAAUAGGACGGGAAGUUCCAGAGCCGAUGGAAGAGACAGAUUGUGUGGAAUGUUACAGUUGGGAGUAUGGUAAUUUCCCUACACUAGCAGGAGUUGAAUAAUAAAGAGGAUGGGCAUGAGGACACGACUGAAACACGGUUGGAACCAUUGGAGGGGCCAGCACGAGACAGACAGACCAGAAAGCGAUCGAGGAGUGAGAAGGAGUGCAGGUCAAGUCAGUUUAGCGAGCAUACUUUGAAUCUUGGCGCUAUCGUCAUCUUUGGUGGCCAUGUUUCUAGCGUGUUUCUCAAGAGUGUUGAUUGUACGUUCAGUCGCAGACGGGACUUCAGCAAGAGAGGCAAUAACAGGGUCGAUCUCAGCAGCCAAGUAAGUGUCCAGGUCAGUCCAAAGCUUGUCGCGGUGGCGAUAUGCUUCCUCCAGCCUUUCAAAAAGUCCUUUGAUUCGUUUCUGUGAUCGAGAUGAGUAAAGUCGGAGAAGUGACACGUCUACGUACCGCUGUGGCAGUAAAGGCUUGCUGUAGUGCUUGUUGAUCCUCGAUGGUGGCUAGUUCAAACAAUUUGCAGGCGUCGUCGAAGGCCAGGAGUCCGGUCGCAUACGCAGUAUCGACAUGCCGGGUCAGAGUGCGAUGGGCUGAGGUGACACGUUGAACAGCGGGUUGGAGUGUAUGCGCCAUAUCUUGUAUGAGGGCCGUUCCAGCCCGCGCAAAGGGCUCGCGAAGAGAAUCUGCUAGUCGACUCAGCUUGGCGUCAGGAUCAGCCACAUGAUCGUCUUCGUCGUCAAUGAGAGCAGUGACUAGAGUCUUCUCGUCGUCCCAUGUAUACGACGGUCGCGAUUUCGCUUGCGGAGAGCCGUACGUAGGUAGCUCAUUCUCUUGAUCGUCGUCCGAGUCUCCAAUGAUGGAGUCGCGUGCAGUGCGCAAGUGAAAGAUGUUGCUUGAACGACGAGGAGAUCGGUGAACGCUAGGUGUCGAUUCCUUGCCAGUGCCUCGUUUGACGCGUAGAACAUGGUUUCGAUGAGAGGACUUGUGCACUAAGAUGUAUCAGUCCGUGUCACGAAUAGAAAACGCGUCGAACAUGGUGCUUUGCGCGGAGCAACUGGAGUGCGGGUCAUGAUGGAAGCAAACAAGAGCAGAUUGAUUGCACAUACCAAGUAUGCGGCAGGAACGUUCCAGCAGCUACCGAGUAGUACCUGAAAUUGUUGACAAUGUAGUAGAUAACGGUUCAUGUUAUCGUUUGUCUGCAAGUGGGGUCCCAAGCACUUCUCUACUCCUCGUCUCGGUUUCUGAACCGACAUCUUAUGCCGGUAUUUGCCGAAAGCAUGAGGCGCCCCUCUCGGUCCCCUUCCUUGAAUGCACCCUGCCAAAGCCUCCUUCGACAUUAAUACUUUCGCCAGCACGGUCCGGACGAUUCUUUCUCCCCCCAUUACUACCUUAGGCCUCUAAGCAGUGAAGCCACUAACUAGAUCAGAGGGGGCGGAUUAUCAUUCAAACUCCGCCGAGUGAUCAGGCCGCCCAGUGAUCUCCCCUUUCCUUGAACCCCCUUCACAAAACCAGGACUUUUUCCUCGUCCACUCUUCCCCCCUAGCAUCGACUACCAUGAACUCCCGUCCCCACAAACAAUCUAUGUCUGAGCUGAAGCUCCGUCGUCUGACAGAGCACAACCAGCGAUUACGGGAGGAUUUGGCUAGGCCACGAGUCCGAGUUAGCGAAGCCAGCGCGAGCUUGAUCCGUUACUGCAAAAUAACAAAAGAUCAUCUCGUACCGUCGGUCUGGGGUCCUGUGGGCAAGGGGGAAGAUCCAUACGCCCCCCCUGCGCAAGGCUGCAAUUGUGUCGUUAUGUAGAUUUCCCUUGGCUUGUCUCCGCUGCUCGUUUCUUGUUCCAACACCAUACUCCUUCCUACCUUGCUGCUACUCUCGUGGAGACGGCCCGGUCUGGCCUGCUGCUUAAAUUGCAAGUUUCCCAUUCAACCUCGCAGGUUUCCCUACUAACUUCCAGUAGUAUCUCUCCUCGUUCUCUGUCGUAUACCAGGAUCCCACACUCUUUUGGCUGCCCUGCCCUUCUCGCUACAUUAUUCGUCGAGCGCCAAUGUGAAUACAUUCACCCAGCGUCUUUCAUGUCCCCCUUGAGCGCCACCGCAUCGUAUCCGCACUCCCGUCCCCUUGUUCUCGUACAUCAUUCCAUUCUGUCAAGCGUCGCCUCGGCCUUGCCGUGUUUCCCUCCUGGCAAUCCUAUCGUGUGGUACUGCCGACAUGUGUCAUUUCAUAUAGAGCGCGUGCGCCUACCCACCUUUCUCCUCGAGUGUGGGUGAAUCAUACGCAACUAAGUAGUUAUAAGGGUCGUAGAAAAAUAACGAGCAUAUUUUAUUCCA